AAAUAAGUUACAAAUGAUGGCAUGAGUUUCAGAAGCUCCUGAAAAUGAUUUGAGACCUUCAGAUGGCUACGAUUUUCAGUUUUUAAACAAAAUACACAACGAUAUGGAAAGCCUCAGUCCAACUGUGAUAUUCCUACUAGGCUUUAAUUACCACAAGCUUCAUGAACAAUAUCAAAAUGAAAUAUUUCUCGAUCUUGCAAAGAUUAUUGAGAACGGUGUUGAAACUCAUAGCUUGAGCACUUUCAACAAAGACCAAAUCUUCAGAGAGUUGUACCAACAGAACACCCUCAGCCAGGUCCUAAGACUCAAAUGGUUCAAGAAUCAACAAGAAGCUUUCGAUAAACGGUGUGAAGCCUUAUCCCAUACAAAGGAGGGUUCUCUUUCAGAGAGGGAAGUUCCUGAAAUAAUUAAGAAGUUCAUGAUACCUAGCUUUGAGCAACAAAGUAGAGAUUCUCAAAAUCAGCCUGAUAUAAUUCAAGAUCGGUGCUCAAAAGAUAAAGCAAACCAUGAAAUGCUCGGAAGUCAUCAAGAUAAUGAGGAAAGUGACUCGGACUCAUCAUUAAUCCAAUUCGAACAAUCUCCAGAGGAUAUUAAAGACAGUGAGGGCCAAAAUCAGGCGAGAAACAAUCUUAAUCCAGAGGCUUCACCCAACCAACCCUCCACAGGAAUUGCUCUUCCAGAAUCUGCAAAUAUGCCCAACAAUAAAACUGCAGAAUCAAAGAGCCAUCCGAGCCAAGAAUUAACAAAAAUUAGCUCUCGUCACCAAGAAAGUUGUGAUAGGAGUCUCAACAUGCGAGAGGAGGCAGGAUUGGAAUUGAUACAGAUGAGACUCAAGAAAUAUCAGCACCUUGACUUGCCUAAAUACAGAUCUUCAAUUAAAAAGCCCCAGAGUAAAGAAGAAUCUAAACAGAAUGAACAGGUAAUUAGAGCUUUCUUCUUCAAAAGGGAGGAACAAAUGUCACACCCUGCUGAAAAUCCUGAACAUAUUGAAGCUCAUGAAAUCUCAGACAGCAAUUUCAUUGGCUCAGAAGUAGAUCCUCCUCUUCAAGUUAAUAGCCAAGAACAUCAGAACUUAGCUAUAGAGCAAAUAAGCUAUAAGAGAGUGAAGACUGGAGAGGAACAAGAAGCCCAAAUUGGACUUCAGCUCCAAAAGAUAGAACUUGAGCAAACACUUUUGAGGCAACCUCCUCUUUCUGAAGAUUCAAAUUAUUAUAAAAAUGAUGCACCAAUGAAAUCUUACCAACAGCUAUCCAACGAAAAUGAUCGGGACUAUCUACCUUCGUUCUGGCUAAAGUUUGCUAAAAACAGAGAAAUGACGGAACAACUCAGGUUUGAAGAACAAGAUAAAAUGCAAGCGAAACUUUGAGAAUCCCCUCAAGCACACUCCUAUUUCAGAAAAAUCCACCUGAAACCUUCAAAAAUUUCUUGCGUAGCCCCGGUCUCACUCAAAGCCGAUGCCAAACCUCUCACUGAAGAAUCUAAGACUCCUCCACAUUUGGCUCCUUCUACCCCACCCACUUGCUCCCUCUGUAAAACCCCACACAAAACCUCCCCCUACAGCCUCUCAUGCAGGCACAAAUUCCACCUCUCCUGCUUAGAGAGCAACUUUAAGUUCCAAGCUGACUGUAAGAGUGGGCUUAUUGUGUGACCAGAGCCGAUGUGUUUUAGAGAGGUUAGGGAGAGUGACUGUAGAGAGGUUUUGAAGAAGGGGGAGGUGGGAAUGAAUGAUGUGAGGGAGGAGGAGGGGGGAUGGAAGUAA